CUGCUGACACCAGGGAUUCCCAUCUCAGUAUGCCUCACAAGAGCAAAAAAGACAAGGAAUCAUCCAAAUCUGGAAGAUCUAAAAAAUCUGGAAGUAAAAAUGGGCCUGCAGAUGACCAUGAAGGCUCCAAUAAGAAAGUGCCUCCUGCAACUCAGCUGAUGAGGGUAAAGCAACCGGGGUCACACUCGGCCAUGAAGAGGGAGAAGAGGUUCAGCACUUCCUCUUUCCCCCUCAGUGCUAACAGAGAACUACAGAAACUACCUGCACUAGCAGAUGUGGCCCCCGCGGAGCAGGAGAAGCUCUUCAUACAGAAGCUACGACAGUGCUGCGUUCUUUUCGACUUCCUGUCUGACCCGCUGAGCGACCUGAAAUGGAAGGAAGUGAAGCGGGCGGCGUUAAGCGAAAUGGUGGAGUACAUCACCCACAACAGGAAUGUCAUCACAGAGCCCAUCUACCCGGAGGUGGUGCACAUGUUUGCAGUGAAUAUGUUCAGGACAUUGCCUCCAUCGUCCAACCCUACUGGAGCCGAGUUUGAUCCAGAAGAAGAUGAGCCGACACUUGAAGCGGCAUGGCCACACCUCCAGCUCGUCUAUGAAUUUUUCCUUAGGUUUUUAGAAUCGCCCGACUUUCAGCCUAACAUAGCGAAGAAAUACAUCGACCAGAAAUUUGUUAUGCAGCUCCUAGAACUAUUUGACAGCGAGGAUCCCAGAGAGAGAGACUUCCUCAAAACCACCCUCCACAGGAUCUAUGGAAAGUUCCUGGGGCUGAGAGCGUACAUCAGAAAACAGAUCAAUAACAUUUUCUAUAGGUUUAUCUAUGAGACAGAGCACCAUAAUGGUAUAGCUGAACUACUGGAAAUACUUGGAAGCAUAAUCAAUGGAUUUGCCUUACCACUAAAAGAAGAGCACAAAAUUUUCCUGUUGAAGGUUUUAUUGCCUCUGCACAAAGUCAAAUCACUCAGUGUCUACCAUCCACAGCUGGCUUACUGCGUGGUGCAGUUUUUGGAAAAGGACAGCACUCUAACUGAGCCGGUGGUAAUGGCUCUACUAAAGUACUGGCCAAAGACUCACAGCCCCAAGGAAGUGAUGUUCCUGAACGAACUGGAGGAGAUCCUGGACGUCAUCGAGCCCUCUGAGUUUGUUAAGGUGCAGGAGCCCCUGUUCAGACAGCUGGCUAAGUGUGUCUCCAGCCCCCACUUCCAGGUGGCGGAGAGAGCCCUGUACUACUGGAACAAUGAAUACAUCAUGAGUCUGAUCAGUGACAACGCUGCAAAGAUCCUGCCGAUUAUGUUCCCUGCUCUGUACCGCAACUCGAAGACUCACUGGAACAAGACCAUCCACGGCCUCAUCUACAAUGCUCUGAAGCUUUUCAUGGAGAUGAAUCAGAAGCUCUUUGAUGAUUGCACACAGCAGUUCAGGGCUGAGAAAAACAAAGAGAAGGCAAAGUCAAAAGAACGUGAGGAGGCUUGGAUCAAGAUCGAGAACCUCGCCAAGUCAAAUCCACAGUUCUCUAUGUAUGUUGAUUCCUCUGACCUCAAUAGUCCUGUAGCAAUGGAGACGGAUGUCCCUUUGAUAGAAGAUGUUCAGAGGUUAAAAAAGACAGUUGAGGAGGGCGCGACUCAGUUGCAGCAUGACCAGCGGAAAGAGCGGCCCAUGGUGCGACGUAAAUCUGAGUUGCCUCAGGAUAUCUACACCACAAAAGCCUUGGAGUCCCACCGCAGAGCUGAAGACAUGUUGACCACCCACGAUGGACUCUAGGUCCCGCCACCUGCCGGCUCUUGGUUCAACUGCCCCCUCUACCCUUGACAGCCAUGGACAUCCUCUUGGCCCAGGCGCCAGAACUACACUGGCGACCCACACUGGGCUCUCAUCCCUCUUCCCACCAUUUACCCAGAAUCCUUAGUUCUCCUUCAUUCCUACUGCCCCAGUGCAGAAGCCCUGUAUCCACUUCCCUCAGAUUUCUGCUUUCUCAGGUUUUUUUCUUUAUUUGAAGAGGAGCGGGAGUGUGUUUAUGUGUCUUUUUAGCCCUUGCCACAUUCAGCGUGUUCUCCCAUUGUUUUCCCUUUGGUUCCACUCACCUGGUUCCUUCAUUCCUUUCUUCCAAACUUGUUCACAAAGGAUCGGACAUGGUUACAUAGGAACUGACGGACUCACUGUCUAAGGAUCGUCUCUUGGUCUCUGCUUGGUUUUCUUUUCUGUCAAAGGGAACAAAAACAGAACCUGUUGGUCAAAUGAAAGACAAGACUUUCCUCUCAUCUGUUGUAUGUUUUCUUUAUUUUUUUGCUCAAUCUAACGGACAUCUUAUCAGUGCCAAGACUGUUGUGCUCUUUAUGUUUGUUUUGUUUCAUGUUUUUAUCUGUGACUUUAACAGGGACACUUGCCUUUGUUUCUGGUCACUGGUGUUUGAAUUUUUUUUUGUUUUAGUUUAGCACACUUAAGACCAAACUGAGGCCUGUCCUUAGCCUUGCAACGUCCAGGAAAGAUGGCAAGGAAAGGGGAAGUUGUCCUGUGGACAUCUGACACUUUCCAUUUUAUUGUUUUGUGCCAUAUGCCGCUCUUUUAUAUGCUUGCUUCCUUAUGUUCAUUGGCAAUAUUUGAAAACCAGACCAUAGUGAUGCCUAGACGGUUCAAACAAUGGUACUCACUGUGUUUGAGUUUAGUAGAUGAGGAUGAACCUGAAUGAAAGCUCUCUGUAUUCGCUACCUAAGUUGCAGUAUACUGGGCUUUAUAACAUGUAUAUAAUGGCUACAUGCCGAGUAGAAAGACUGAGAGCACGGCUGUGCAAUGUUCAAGGUGAGUGUUGGGUUAUAUAUAUAUAUAUGUACUUUAAAAUGAACAUGGAUGAUUAUCUGUGUAAAGGAAAUAUAGUCAGAUGAUCUUUUUUUACUGUGAGAGGAGGCACAGAUCUGUUUGUGUGUUUUAACACCUAAAAACUCCACUCACUGAUGGUUUCUGGCAGCCAUUACUAAGUUAGGACCUCUUCUCAUUAUGUUUCUUUUUAAAGAGCAUGAAGGUAUAUUGGUAUUGUUUGCUAUAAAGAUUUUAAAAUCCUCAUUAUUAAUUAAAAAUAGGAUUAAUUUAUUAUCAAAUGUGAGACCUGGCAACCUCAGUAGCUAUUAACAUUCUGGCACGAUUAAUAUAGAAAUAAUUUGAUGAGAGCUACCAAAAACCUUAAAUUUAAAUUUAAAGUGUGGCAUGUUUUUGUUGCUACCAUUCCUGAAUUCAGUUAACUGGUUUGCGGGGUAUGUAUAUUAUACACUUCUCAGUGAGGAAGUUGUUUAAGGUUGGAAAAUAUCUUCCAGUCAGUACCAUUGUUUAAACUGAGGAGGUCUGCUAGAUUUCUUCAUAUUUGACGUGUUGUAUUUCUUUGUCUUGUCUCUGGAGGUUAAUAGCGUGGAUGUCAGGUUUUGGAUUCUUUUUUUCUUUUUUUUUUCUGGCCAUUCAGAAAGCCCAGCGCUGAAACAGACUGGUAUCAAAUGGCCACAAAAAUGCCAGAUGCUGAAAAUAAACUGACAUUGUGACUUGGCUUGUUAACUGUAUUAAUACUGUAUUUGCUUGAAUGCAAAAAGAUGUAAAUUAAAACUACCAUGUCAAACAUGUACCUUUUACCCUGGAGGAAUGCCAUUCACCAAACCGAUUUCUGUUGUUGAGGUCAUUGCAUUUAUGAAACAGUCCUGCUUGCUGGGAGAGAUGUUUUAUGGAUUUUAUGAGUUUGAGUCAGAGAUGUUAGAGGUUUAUUUUAGUGCUGAAAACAACAAGUCAUCCGUGUUAGCAAGAGAUGAUUUAAAAAUGAUUUGGUGGCUUGUUCUUUCUGCAGGAUCUUUGCAGAUCUUUUAAUUUUAACAUAUUAUUUCCAAAACAUGAUAACUUAAAGUGUCCUUUUGUAUGUGACCUGUACUAUAUGAUUCAUUUAAUAUUGUAUAUAUGAUUUACCUUGUUUCAUGUAGUGUUAUAUAUCUAGAUUAAUUUUGUACAAAUUGUCCCUCUGUACAGAAUAAAACAUCAAUAGCAAGUAAAAGAAGUCAAUCUGGCACAUACCGUUUUAUUUCUCCUGUUUUGGCUGUACUUCCAGUGACACAAGAAUUUAGAAAAUGUACUUAUUUUUCUUAUUAAAAUCUGCAAAGUUUCCUCCCUCCUCUAAAUAACUGAGAAAAUGUUCAAGCCCGUUGUGUGCUCCUAUCACUGUCUUUAGUGGUGUACAACUAUAUAGAAUGAAUAAAGAGAUUAUUUGAAUAUAUAUUUUCAA